UCUACAUACUUCCUUGACCCAUUACACCUGAGGGGAGCCGCCCCAUACUCUUCGUUUUUGGUCAUGUUCAAGUCGACCGAGACCAAGCUCGUCCACUCGGCCACAGCUGACAAUGACGACCCGACGCCUGGCUAUGUCUUCAAGGAACUGAUUCAGGCCUCGCUCAAGUCGUCCGAGACAUGCAUCAAGCUUGUGGACGAUCUGUACAAGCGGCUGGAGAAGCCGUCGCCGUACGUCAAGGCCAAGGUUCUACGCAUCUGCAAGCACGUCGCCUCGUCGGGCAGCCCGCUGUUCAAGGCCGAGCUGCAGCGCCGAUCGAGCCCGCUGCGCGACGCCGCUGAGUUCCGCGGCCCGCCACAUCCCGUCCAUGGCGACGCUCUCUCGGCUGCCGUCCGCACAGGCGCUGCCGAGCUGCUCGCCGUCAUCUACGACUCAUCCACAGUUCGCACUGCCGCCGCGCCCGUCCCGGCCUCGCGGAUCACAGGCUUCUCCUCGGGCUACACGCCGGGCGCAGAGGUGUCACCCAGCACAGGCUUGACCUACGGCGGGUCCGGCGGGACUGGUGGGGCCGGAGACGGGCUUGGUCCGCGAGGCGCGCCAGGCCAGGUCAACGUCUCGGCGACCGGUAUGGUCGGCUUUGGCAACACGGCAUACUCGUCGUCGAAUGCGGGCGCGGGCGCGGGCAGCGGGAAAAAGUCUGGCGGCUUCAAGCAGAAGAUGAUGAACAAGGUCAACGUGGCUCGCCAGAAGAUGGCCACCGCGUACAACAACCGGACGGGCGAGCAGUCGUUUGUCGGUGAGUCGGCGGGAGCGCGCUCAUCGUACUCGGCCGGUGCCGGCCCUGCCCCGGGUGCCGGCGGCUACUCCUCGGCGUACAUGUAUCGCGGCUCGGGCGGCGCCGUCGGCCCGGCCACAGGCGGCUACCAUUCGGGCGCGGCCGCUUUUGCUGGCUCCGGCUCGAGCUCGGCCUCGACCGGCAGCACCGCGGGCUACGUGGCUCCGGCUGGCGAGUACGAGACCCGUCUCGUCGACGACAUCACCGCCGCCGGCGGCGCGAGAGUCUUGCCCACACGUGCCGCCCUCGACGCCUUUGUCGGCCGUGCUGCUUCACUCGACACCACCGUCAUCUGCAGCAAGCUCGCCGCCAAGCUCGGCAAGGGCGUGCCGUUCAAGACCAAGGCCAAGGCCCUGGCCGUAAUGGAGGCUCUGCUGCGCGCCGGCCUCCCUGUCUCUUCUCCGCUCACCACACACAUCGACGCCAUCAACGGCGCGCGGGCCUCGGUCCAAAACACUGUCAAGGACAAGGCUGCCGUCGUCCUCGCCCUUCUCGGCGCCGGCGCAGCAUCGACACCGUCACCGUCGGUACCCCACGCCGCGUCCCCUCUGAUCUCGCUCUCGCCGUCGGACCUGUUUGCCGGCGUCCAGCCCAAGUCCCAGUCUGCAGCACAGGAAGUGCCUGCCGCUGCGCCGUCGCCAUCGUCUCUCUUUGACGGCAUGACUCCCGCACAGCCCGCACAGCCAUCACCAUCGUCGCUCCUGCUCGAAGUCAACAUGCCAGGCAAGGUCGAGCUCGACCCUUUUGCGCCCAACCGCAGCAACUCGGGCGGGAUUGGCUCGUCGUCGCUCGACGACCUCACUGCUGCGUUUGGAGGCAUUCCGCCGUUGUCGGCAGGCGGUGGCGGCGGCGCGAAGCCGCAGAGCCACGAUCCAGACGCUGGGAUGAAGGCUGUGCUGGCGGCGCAGGAGGCGCACGCCCGGUCGAUGCAGGCCGCGGCGCCGCCGCCGGGCGCCCGGGUGGUGUACGUCGAUGGACAGCCGAUGAUGAUGGUGCCGAUGGCGGCCGGCGGGGCUGCUCCGGCGGCAUCGCCUAGUGCGAGCGUGACCAGCGGAACGAGCACCAGCUCGCUGCUCGACGCCUUUGCGGGCUUGUCUGCUGGAAGCGUGUCUGCCGGUGGCGCGGCGCCGCUGACGCCUCUUGGCGCAGGCGCGGGCACAGGCGCGAGCACGGGCGCGGGCGGGAGCAACGGCUCCUCGUUUGCGUUUAUGAACAAGGGCGACGACGCGUUCUCCUUUGUCAACGACAUUGUCGUGGAGACGGCGUCGAGCCAACGGAAGUAACAUACAUGGAUCAAUCGA